UGCACGUGUAAAUAGGAUUUCACUAAAACCUAAAUGUGUGUCUACUUGGGAUUUGAUCAUGGUGAAAAGGGCCGUUUUCGUCCUCUUCGAGGCACGUUGUGUAACGUCUUGUUUCUCUUGGGGAUGCCUCGCCAUCAAUUGGUUCAUUUGGCAACCAGACAAUCGUGGAAUUCCGGCAGAGAAGCAUGUCGUUGGGUCACGUUUCCCACCUUGGCUGCUAAGCGCCUGUCUCUCAAUUACACCAGUCCGCACCUUCCUCCCCGGAGUCUACCUAAAGUACCGUUGUAGAGGAUCUUUACUUCGAUAUCUAUCACCCACGUUUGUAUCGAAAAGGAGAUAACCGGCAAGGACA